CCUGUCAACUGGAAGAAUACAGCGUCACUUAAAGGUGCACGUAUUGCAUAGACCAACGACUAUCUGAGGUACAGCACGUGGCCGCUGCGACGAGCGACGGGUAUUAAAAAAGCGCCCUCGCCCUUGAAAGGCACCGGGUUAGGACAACAUGGCACCCGUUAUGCACAGGCUCCUCUGCUGCUUUCUCCCAAGCGACAAUGUGUAUAAGAAUCAUCAAAAAGCUCGGGAUGAACUACCGGCAACCAAGCUCCUUGCAGCAGCUGCUGACCCUAACGUCCCGCUACACGCGUAUUUCAGUUUGAUGCUGCAGCACAUAUCGGACCCGGUCGCAUUGUUCACGCACAAUGGCACGCUGCUCGCGAACAACACUGCAAGCGUGUUGCUGUUCGAGCGCAUGCGCCGGGCACACGUUGGUGGCGUCGACGGCGCCUCCGCAUCGUUGCAGUUCUUGUUCGCAACAGAUAUGGAGGCACUGGAAGAGGCUUUGCAAGCGGUGGAAGCGGGCCGGACAUGGCGGGGGCUACUCCACAUUCCAACCGGCCCUGACGUGGGCAGCCCUGCAUCACCCCACGCGUCCCUAGCGCCAUGCGCCGCCUCCGCAACUUCCGCUGGCGCUGCUCACAACCCCGCCCUCGGCAACUCCAGCAUUCACGGCAACUCCAUCCCGUACCGGGCUUUCAGCUUGCCCAGUCACGGCCUAGCAGAUAGCAAUUUUGGCGCCGGUUAUGGUGGCGGCAGCAACCAUCAAGGCUGUCCUCAAGCGCACUUGCACGCGCACAGUCCGCUGCAGCGCCCCUCCUCGUCCACUGGCCCACUUUACGAUGGUAUGCUCGUCCAUGCGGAUACGGGCAUUUCGUACGGCGGAGCUGGCCUGUCGUACAAUCCGCAUGAGCGCCGUAGCGAGCUUCUCAUUGACGUGCUGACGGGGAGUGUGCAUGGACGCGACUCGUCUGUGGGUCGCUGCCGCGACGGUCCGACUUCACCUCACAACCACCACCUACACGGCCACCCCUUCCACCAUCCCCACCCGCUCCCUCACCCCCAACCCCACCCUCACCCCCAGCAUCCGCACAACACGCACAGUAACGCUUUUGCGGCCCCACCGUCACAUCCAGACUUGUACAACGAGGCCCCGCCACCCGGCACGCCUCCCUCAGGCGCCGCAGCCACUCCUGCAGCUGCAGACACGCCGGCGGCGGCGUCCGUAACAGCUAACGCAUCGUCUGUCAGCACCCCAGGGCGGCUUGCACCUGGCAGCGUCGCUGCCACCGGGGCUGCCGCCGCUGCAGCGGCGGCCGCCUCUGCCACCCGCCGCCGUCGCUCCCUCGACGCACUUGUCGGCAACGGCGACGCUAGCCGUAACGAGGGAGCUGCCGUCCACGGCGCAUGGCAAGCAUCCUUGACGGAUCUCGCAAACCAGGGAACCAGCGUUCGGGGCGCGAAGGACGGCGGCGGUCGGGGCGCCGGUGUGACGUCAUCCAAUCGUUACUUCUUGUCGCUCGACAUUCGCGGCUUCCUGCGUAAAGCGGAGGCAUCGUAUCCGGGAACAUCGGCGUCGCCAGCGACAGCAACGGCGACAUUAAGUAAGCGUACGGCAGGGGCUGUAACGCAGGGCCGGCAUCGGUCUGCUGCCGCUGCUUCGUUGCCGGCUGCAGCCGCUGCUCCGACGGCGCUCGGCGUCGCCGAGGAAGCCAGCUGUCCCAGCCACAACUCCCCAAGGCGCAGCCCCCUAAGCCGCUCCGGCUACACGCGCACCGCCGACACGGCAGCAGCGCCGCAUGGCCCUUGUAACGCUCCCGAUGUUGAAGCGGCGGGUGCUGACGGCUGUCCGACCAACGGCGGCCGAGCGGCGGCCUCCGGCUUGUCACGGAUGGCCCCCGGCCGGCUGAGCUCGAGACGGCUUGCGCCGCCAACUCCCGGUGCCAUGGCAACUGAGGCCAUGCAACGGCCGCCCACCAAACACCAGCAGCACCAGCAGCAGCAACACUCGCAGGAGCCUCAGGAACCCUCGUCAGAGCCCACGCCCGCUGCCUCCCUAUCAGCCUCUCAACUGCAACUGCAGCAGCAGCUGCGUCAGGGGUACACUGCUUUUACCUCCGAAACCAC